AUGGUCUGCCUUAGGGAGAGCGCUGAGGGGGAGGACGCCUGGGUCCUCCGGGCUCCGGACAGGAAGGCGGCAGGGCGAGGGGGUUGGAAAGAUCCCCUUUGGGACUUCAAGGGGCCGGUCCCCCGCAAUGGGGAGUGGCUCCUCCUUAAAUACCGCAACGGUGUGGCCUCACCCUCAGGAACCCCACAACUGUGGAAGAUCCCGAGAGAGAUGGACGGCCCGGCAGAAGGAGGAUCUGAGGGGCAGAAGGUAGUGCCGAGACCCCAGUCUCCCCCCUUUCCUCCGCGGGCUCCCACGCCCCCGCCGCCUCUGUCGCCUGGCUCUGUCAUCGGAGAGUCCCCUCUGCCUGUGUCAUCGGAACUAGGUGCCCGCCAGCUGCUGCUGGACGAGUGGGGGACCCCCGGGGCGGAACUGAAGCUGCCGGAGGGGCUCAGCUGGAAGCUUCUCUACGUGCGGAGGCCUCUCUACCGCAACCUGCUGCGGUCACCGAACCCUGAGGGCAUCAACAUCUAUGAACCACCACCGCCCUGCGGUCCCCCUCGGCCCCUGGAGACCUUGGGUAACUUUAGCGGAUGGCAAAUCAGCACUGAGAAACUGCUCCCCAGCUUCAGCUGGACAGUGAAGCAACAGUGUAUAGACCUUCUGGCCGAGGGCUUGUGGGAAGAGCUGCUGGACAAACAACAGCCAGACAUCACCGUCAUGGACUGGUUUGAGAACAGCUGCCUGGAUACGUAUGUGUACGAGCUCCAUGUCUGGCUCUUGGCGGCAGACAGACGCACCAUCAUCCGGCAGUACCACAAUGCUCCUCGACCCUCUCCAAAGGGCCCGACUGGACACUGGUGCCAGGUGUCUCACGUAUUCAAAUGCUAUGGCCCAGGAGUCCGGUUCAUUCACUUCUUGCACAAAGCGAAGAACCGUAUGGGUUCUGAUGGAUUCCGAAGAACUCGAGUGACUGACUCCUCAGUGUCUCUGCAGCUACGGAAUUGAGCUGUCUUCCCCCUGCAUCUUUAUCCCAGUGAGCUCUUCUUCUCCACCGCCUUCUCCAUCCUGCAUGCAUACAUACAAGGACCCUCCUGCCUCCCCAUGAAAGGGCACCUUCUCUCCUCCCAAGUGUAUCUCUGAGAGCUUUCAUUUUAGCCCAUAUAUUUUCUCAAGAAACCACUAUCAGCCCAUCCCCGAUAUCUCCACCAAGGGACUCCUCGUCUUCUCCUAAAACCUUUAGGAAUCCCCCAAAGCCCCCUGAAUAGCCUCCCUAAGGAUUUAUCUUUCCCAAACAUAACCGGAAGGUUCCAAAAUAUCUUCUCAAAUAUACCCUGGGAAUCCUGCCUUUUCUCCCCUAAAUGCCCCCCUCAGAGCUCCUUUCCUCCAAAUGAAUAUCCACUCAAGGGUCCCCACAUGCUCCCCAGAUACCCAAGAAACCCUUAAUUUCCCCCCCAAAAUAUAUCCCCAUAAAGUUCUCUCUUCUCCCGGAAAAUGUUUCUCCUCAAAAUAUCCCCGCAGACAUUUACUUCCCCUAAACAACUCCCUGGGGAAUUAGUCGUCUCCCCUCAAAAUCCUUGCCCUAAAUAUACUCCUAGGAACUCCUUAUCUCUCCGAGAUUUUCCUAGAACCCCUAAUAUCUCUCUAAAUACCUCUCAUAUCCCCAAAUGUGCCCCCAGCCAAGGAUCCCAGAUUUCCCCAAUAUCCGCUGAGGACCCCUCUUCACCCCAAUAUAUUCAUUAGGGCCACCAGCCUUUCUCAGAGAUCCCCCUGAGGGAUGCGUAUUUGCAGAAUAAAAGUGUUUGCUCAAGGUUUUUUCCCCUGGAGCUCUUGGGAGGGGGAUCCCUUGGGACUCCCCAAUGCCUCACCUCAUCUCCUGUCCCUACAGAAAA